CGCGCGCGGCCGUGCUCCUCUGUGUUCGCUCAGUUUGAUCAAGUCGUGUGAUACUUGAUAUAUGAUUUAUGAUUCGUUCUUAGUUAGGAUCGUGUAGAAACUCCGUUAAAUAGCGCCGUUUGCUGGAAAAUGCUGCUAGCGAAAUAUCAGCGCGAAUCUCUAAUAUCUCAUUAAUAUUUCAUCAUGAAUGCGAGUCGAAGUGAAAUGUGUGUAGUGUAGCUUGCUCUCCGGAGGUGUGUGUUUUGACGGGAAUAAUCGAUAAGACUGAUCGAUCGAUCGGUGAUCAGCUUCUCAGGAAAAGAUAUCUUAACAGUGUGUUGCUGUUCUUCAUCACCGGCAGGACAGAGUGAUGAUGAUGAUGGAAGCGAGCACCCCACCAGCCACCCCUCCACUCUCCUCCUCCUCCACAGCGGCUGCCAGCGGUGUCUCCGGUCCUCAGACUCUCUCCAGCUCCCCCGGUGUCUCUGCUUUUGCCCCGGGAGGGUUUUCCAGCCCUGUUCCUCCAGUGGCUUUGACCUCCACGCUGCCGCCCAUCCAGUCAUCUGCUCCUCCCCUCUCUCUGAGCGGCCCGUACGCUAGCCCCGCUCCGCUCAGCGCCGCUGCCCCCCCGAUGGGCCCGCCCACCACUGGCUUCUCUGUGAGCGCAGGAUAUGACAUCACCCGUGGCCACGCGGGCCGCACCCCUCAGACGCCGCUCAUGCCCAGUUUCUCCAGCGCCUCACCCAUGCCAGGGAUCGUCAGCAAUCCCAUGAUGCGGCAGCCGGUGUCCGGAGGGUUAGAUGUCAGCUCGCCCAUCACGUUUCCUGAGGACUCUGACGACCCCAGAGGGACUCCAGACAGCAGCUCACCUGGAGGAUUAUGGGGCUUCAUCAAGGGUGUAGCUGGGAACCCCAUGGUCAAGACCGUCCUGGAUAAAACCAAACACUCUGUGGAGCCCAUGAUAACCACACUGGACCCUGGGAUGGCACCGUACAUCAAGUCUGGAGGAGAUGUGGACAUCGUUGUGACGUCAGAUAAGGAGGUGAAGGUGUCAGCGGUGCGGGACGCGUUUCAGGAGGUGUUUGGUUUGGCCAUGGUGACGGGAGAGGCCGGUCAGUCCAACAUCGCCCCGCAGCCGGUGGGAUACGCCGCAGGGGUCAAGGGAGCUCAGGAGCGCAUUGACAGUCUGCGUCGUUCUGCCGUCAUUCAUGAGAAGCAGCCCGUGGUGUCGGAGGAAAACUUCAUCGCAGAACUCUUCCCAGACAAGUGGUUUGACAUCGGCUGUCUGAUCUUGGAUGAUCCAGGAAUCGGGAUUCACAUUGAGAUGUUCACUCAGGCUACACCUGUGGCCCUGGAGCACAUACAGCAGGCGCAGGCGCUGACUCCUCCAGACUAUAACCUGCGCUGGUCCGGUCUGCUGGUGACGGUCGGGGAGGUUCUGGAGAGAAGCGUGCCCAAUGUCAGCCGCACAGACUGGCACCAGGCCUUCACCGGCAUGCCCCGCCGGCAGAUGAUCUACUCCGCCGCCAAGGCUCUGGCUGGCAUGUACAAACAGCGCUUGCCCUCCAGGACAGUGUGAGCGUCUUACGCCGUCACGUGACACGGACCACAGCUUCCCAGAAUCACACGGGAAUCCACAUCUCAUCCGCAGAUGUCCUGUGUUCUCAGUCACGUCCCAUUACAAGACUGAGCCCACUCUAAAUGCCAAAAGAAAAGUUAGAUCGGCUGAGUUUCUGCAUCAGGUCUGAAUUAAACCAGUUACAGGGCAGAAUAACUAAUAUCUAACUUUUAAAUUAGUGAUUGAAUUGAAUAUUGUGUCCUUGAUGUAAUUUUUGAGUUUGAUUGAUAUUAGUAAUUGACAGCGUCCCAGUCUUUAUGAUGGAAAUUGGUGGAAAUGAAAGCACGUCUGCAUCUGAAGUCCUACAGCAGGACUGUCUCUGCACAACUCUUUACAAUGAUCAGAUCUCACCAAGGAAAAGAUGAUUCUCAGAUUUAUAAUGCUUGUGUUUAUAUUUACAAUCAAAUACUAUGACUUGCAGGUUUUUAAGUUGAAUCGUUGAGUCAUAUCAAUAUUGUGAAUAUAUGUAAUUUUGAUGUUACGGUUUUGGAUCUAAUUUUAUAGUGUUUUCUUUUCAGCCUAAUAAUCAAACAUUGUUACAAUAUUGUGAUUGUCUGCAUGUCCGUUUCUUUCACAACUCAGUCCAUGUUAGUCAGCGUUUACGGCGGUCAGAUAAAUCAGAUCGCCAGCUCUGCUGCAUAUAUAAA